CAAAUUCUUUCAUCUUUUAUGCGAUAAAGCUUGUUUGAUUUUUCUUCUUAUUGAAUCUGUGUGGUUUGUCUAUGGGAGAAGAGAAGGAGAACUGGAGAAGCGAGCUCGACGAUAUCAAUGGGCUUAGUCUGAUUGAUUUCUCCGCCGAGGAUGAUAACCUCCUCCUCUCUUCCUUUCUCGAUCCCACCACCUUUGAUUUCUCAGAUACUGAUAAGGAAGACAGAGGUCUUUGUUUAUUUGGAGAUACACAUAAUUGUUGUGAUGAAGAGACUUUGGGCUCUACUACUUUAGAAGAGAAGGAGCCUCAUAAGAUCAUGAAGACUAACCUACGCAAAAGUCUUGCUUGGGACAAAGCCUUUUUCACCAAUGCAGGUGUUUUGGAACCGGAUGAACUGUCUAGCAUGAUGGGGAGGAAAAGUUUACCAGCGGUUCAAGAGGAUUUGCAUAGAUCAACAGAGUCUAUGUCUACAUUGAAAAGUGACUGCACUGUGGAGACUGGUCAGGAAUUUUUUAUGUGUGAUGCUGCAACACCUGACAAGCGUAAGGACUUGGGAUCAACAGAGGCAGUACCUAGCCCAACUACAAGUACACUAGACGACCCUAGCUCUGAGGAAAAGAUGAAACCCAAUCCUAUUCGUAAAAGGCCAGGUAUUAGAUCACAAGGAUUAGCGAAGGCGACAAAGCAUCCUGUCGCUUCAGAAGAACACAAUACAUCCAUUUCCAGGCCAUCCACUGGACUCAACAGGCCAUCCAGUGGACUCAGCAAAACAAAAAGAGCUUCGGUAGAUACUAACAAAGCCAAACAAGAAACGAAUCCUAAAUCAUCUGGGGGUAAAGAGCCUUUGGCUUCCAGAGUUCCAAUUUCAAGAAGACCUCGACCCAUUGUAUCAACACCUGUAGUGCCUUUUAAAUCUGCUUUACGUUCUUCAGUCGCCUCCAAGAAUGAAUUAACAUCUUCUUGCUCUUCCAUUGAGAGCUGUCUCAGUGUUUCGUCAACCGCUUCUAACAAGCCUUCUAUACAUUCAGUAAAGCAGAAGAAAGAUCAGAGUUUAAGAAUAGCUUCCCAUUCUUUGGCAAAUAGACCAAAAUCCAGCGCUGGAUCUAGAAAUAUAGACCAGCUUAAAGUUCCACCCGUCUCAGCCGGUAGGACAUACAAGUUCAAUGUAUCACGUCUUAGUUCUAGUGUUGACUGGUCAUCGGAAUCACCGCGAGCUUUUACUCCUAAUAAAAUGGCUAAAGGUAACAAGAAAAGUGUCCAUGGUGAUAACGGUCCUCCAACUGAUUAUACAACACAGACUUUGAAACCUCUGAACAAUUCUAAAGAUGUAUCUGUUGUCCAAGAUGACCCAAAGCCUUCUGCUUCCAUGAUGAAACCAACGGGACUCCGUGUGCCAUCGCCAAAAGUUGGCUACUUUGACGGAGCGAGGGGCAGCGUUGCACGAACACCCACGGGAUCCUGUACUGGUCCGGUAAGUGGCUUGUCAAAACAUGGAGCUUGUAGUCCCGAUGAAUUUACUCCAAGUAGAACUGCAAAGUCCCAACCCACAAUGUCUAAAGCAGCGGUUCGUCCAGUUUCAAGGAGUUCAAGGCUGAUUGUCUCGGCUUCACCAAAGCUUACCAACAAAAGGUAUUCAAAAGUCAGUGCAGAGGAACAACUUGGAUAAUGUAGCUACAGUUAUGAAGCCAAAUAACUUGCAACUUGUUAUAAUAUACCAUAAGCUUUUAGGUAAAAGACCACAUGGACUAAGUGCUUUGUCAUGUAUAGCUUUGAGAUUCACUUGCAGUCUGGUUUGUAAUGGAUUUUCUAAAGUAAACAAUACCAACUGAUAAUAUAUUUUAGUUUCCAAUCGUCCCAUUAAUUUGAAACCUUGUUUUGG